GCCGUCUCCACACACACACACACACGCCACAGCUGUCCACACGCCACAAAGGGGAGAAACAGAAAACUUUACGCGCGCUGUGUUUGCCAAUUAGAAAACAAAGGAAACACGCGCAUUUAAAGGCCUUCGAGUACACCCGUGUUGUAUCAGUUCAUGCGGGCCCUCAUACGCAAACCCACCACCUUUCUCUUUUUCCUCUUUCUCUUUCCUUUCAGGCGAGCUAGCUGGUGCCCUCCUGCGCUUUCACAAAAGAGAUUUGUUAUUUGUGUGUAACUGAUUCUACCAUCAUCUCCGAUACCGCCAUGCUCCCCGCAGCAUCGAACUUCUUCGCUAAGGUAGUGUUCCUGGUGUGCCUUUUAGCCUUCUUCUUUUACACGGUUCGAUUCACCUGCUGUGCCACCUUCACGGCGGUGACGCCCAUGUCGCCAGAAGUCCGCCUGUUCAACACCGCUUAUGUGCAGGAGGUGAAGACGUGCCUGCACCGCUACUGA